AUGGCUCCAGGAAUUCUUGAAUACCCUCUCACUGAUGCGGCAACACAACCUCUGAAGUCAAUCACCACAAAGUCAACCUUUCAGAAGUUUGAUCCUGUGAAACAUCUUGCGUAUGUGGCGCCAAAGAAGAUUCAUACUUUGGAAGACCUUUGCCUGCCCCCUUCGCCAAUUUCGCAAGUUGCCUCCACCGAUCCAUUCCCCUUGCUGUCCGAGGAGGCACUUCUCGAGCAUCGACGGGAGUUGCUAUCCGAUGAGGUUCUCAAUAACUGCAUGUACAGCACGAGAGAGCAAUCAGUUCAACUCCGUGGGAUGGCCCCCAGAUACGCCCCGUUUAUUCAUCAGUUCUGGACUUCUGCAGAAGUUCUCAAGAUAGUCAGUGGUCUGGCAGGAGUCGAUUUAGUGCCUGUCAUGGACUUUGAAAUUUGCCACACCAACGUCCAAUUGGGUCCAGAUGGUCUACCAGGGGUCAGAAACAUACCAAUCGUCCCACCCGGAGCUCCCGAGGAAGACACAACCCCAGCAGUUCAGGCAGUGCCCGCAGAGCCCGCAGUGGCUUCCAAGAAAUCGGUCGUCCCCUGGCAUCGCGACUCAUAUCCAUUUGUCUGUGUUGUUAUGUUGUCGGACGCCAGGCACAUGAAGGGCGGCGAGACCGAGAUCCAAAGAGGUGAUGGCAGAACAAUCAAAGUCCGAUCUCCACAGAUGGGUGGUGCGGUGGUUCUCCAAGGCAGGCACGUGUCUCACACGGCGCUUCCAGUCGACAAUAUGCCCGAGAGAAUCACCAUUGUGGCUUCUUUCAGGCCGCGGGAUCCCGUGCUGCUAGAUGACUCUUCUCUGAUGAAUGUUCGAAAUAAGUCUCGACUGCCGGAGAUGUAUUACCAAUGGACCAGCUAUCGUCUGCAUUUGCUCGCCGAAAGAUUCCGACUCGAAGCUGAAAAACUUGAUGCUGUCUAUCGCAAAGCAAUUGAGAAUACCGACCAAGGCAAGGCAGGGGCUUGCAACAUAGACGUGGUUGAUGUGGAGAACCUUGAAAAAUGGAUGGAAAAGCAAAUGAGAUAUAUGAGACGAACCAUGUCUGAGAUGAGACCGGUCACGGAGGACGACAACAUCACCAAGAAUGAGAUUGAGGAAGUUUAG